AUGCGUGACGUUCAUCGUUCAUUGGUAGGUGAUGAAAGUAUAUAUUCCAGUGCUGCUGCCCUCUUCGAAAAUAGCAUAACUACAAAAAGGAUCAUGAAACUCGUGUUAGAGGUAAAUAUUCCAACUUUUUUUUUCCUAUAACAGUACCUAUUGAUGGUGAAAAUCAAUUAUUUUCAAAUAGAACGACUCCCGUGUUUGUCCAGAGCUGCGUAAUAGGGUUAUUUGGACGUGAAGCAUGAAGUUUCUAUUUUGAAAACCUUCAACCGGCACACCCAUGGCCAUGAGCGCCGUUCGAUUGCUAAAAGAAUCUGUUUAUUUACAUUUGGCUGCAGGAAGAUGCCCUAACCUUUGACCGUUUUUAAGGUCUUGCAUAUUCUUUAUUCCGUAGACUUGUUAAUCGCAUGUGUUGAAAAAAGCUUUUGAAUUGUAAUUGCUCUCCGAUCUUAUGUGCAACGUUUCAUAGCAGACUAAGUAAUGUCUCGCUUCAUUGUUAUAUUCCCUACAUGCAAUUUUCAGUCUUUUUUUCCUCAUUAAGCGUUUUACCUGGAUAUAAGAUCGUACUUAUUUGCAAGUAAAAAGCCACCGAAUAACAACAACCCACCGAGUGCUAAAUCAGUGUCAGCUUCAUGCCUGCGAGCCGUGAUCAUACAGCGUACCGAAAAGAGCAAAAAUAUUUGUUUUGAGAAAAAAGAGAAGAGUGUGAUUUUAUUUCUCAACCUCCAACUGUCAAGGCUAAAUGUUAAUAAAAUGUGCUGAUCCUUAAGUGCAACGAUUUUAAAUAAAAGCGCACAACGCUAAAGUACGUGAUUGUAUUCACAAGCAUUGAAUUUCCUAUAAUGAAUCAAGAUUAUUCAUUAGAAAAUCAGGAACGUGGGCGAGGACUUAGGAAAAUGGAACGUAAUAUGAGAAACUGGUUUGGUGGUGGGUUUUUGUGUACCGUAUAUAUUCGAUUAACCGCCCUGAGCGCUUAUUAAAUUUUUGGACCUUGAGAGUGGGCGCUUAUUAAAUUUUCACUAUUCUCAGCAAGUGCAGUAUGUUUAUUUGGCAACAAAACAAUGAAUGGUAAUAACAAAAAGCAAAGAUGUAACAAAGCAAGGUUUCUGUACAGUACUCUGAGGAAAACUCCGUCUUCGGAAGGAUCUCUUAUGAUAUCUUAUUGGAGUUUUUGUGGGAGGGAGUGGGGUGGGGGUGGGCGCUUAUUCGAAUAAAUACGUUAUUUACAUUUUAGAUUUUAACCAAUAGAAUGCUAUAAACUGUAAGUCCGUACUCCAUAGUCCAUCAUCUUAGGCCCACAUAUUUAAACUUAUAGUGGAGGAAAAUUAUGAAGUAUCAGGAAAUUAAUAUCAGGAAACUAUGUAUCAGGAAAUUAUGUUUUUCCUCAGAAAAUCUCGUCAGAACUAUGAAGAGCACAUUUCACAGUACACAGAGUACGUUUUUAUAUAAAAAUCUGAGCGAUACUGCAAUGAAACGACGAUACAUCUGUGUUACGUGAUUUCAGGUGUGCAAAAACAAUCUCAGUUCUUCAAACUUAGAAAAGGCUUGUGUUGUCUUUUAGCGUUGAUAUUGCCUGCAAUGCGCUAAAAUGAAAUGAAAUGUUCCGAUAAUUCUAAAUAAUAACACUAACAAGAAGGUUCAGGGCUUUUAGGUCUUACAAUCAAAGGCUUACUGAAAAGUCAUAAAAGCGGAACUUAAAAAAUUGCACAAACAAAUCAAUUCAGGCUAUGUUACAAGGCUAUGUUAAGGUAUACCGGAAACUUUUGGCGCUGGCAAGAAAAUCAUACCGGAUUAAGCUCCUGUCCACGCAUAAGAACGGUGAUAUCUGCGCGAUUUUCUGUAAGGGAGCUAAGCUGCGACGCGCCGAUCUCUAAAGUGGAGAGUCGCGUAUUGGAUAGGUGUUUGCUCUUCGUGUUUGCAUAAAAAGCUGUCCAGUAUGGACUAAUGUAAACAUGGCCUAAAUUUAUUGCCAUUUUCGUAUGAAUAUGUGACAUUAUCGAUUACAAUAGUAGCUAAUACCUUUAAGUAAAAGAGAAGAUAACAAAUGAUCAAAACCUGUAACCACAGAAAAUUUCUAGUCAUAUGGCAGUGCAGCUACUUUAAAUGUUGCACCUUCCCGUUUUUUCAGAGGUCAGAAAAGUAAAGUGACCAAGUUUCUUUAAAAGGAUCGGAGACGGCGUGCAUACGAUACAGUUUUAAAUCUAUGUUUUGCAAAGUCUUUGAGACAACAAAUAUGGCGGAAAAAAAUAUAGCUGCACAUAAAUUCAGCGAUAAAAUCCUCGAUUCGAUACCCUGCGAGCAGUGGUUUGUCCAGGGGAGAAACCACUGCUCACAGGGUAUAGAUUCGAUAGCCUCCCACGCAGACGUUCUUAGGGGUUCGUCACGCGUUCCUGCCCCACGAACAGGGGCAGGAACGCGUGACAAACCCAUUAGAACUUCCGCGUGGGAGGCUAAUCGCACCUCAAGAUUAUUUCACACAUCCUGCUAUAAGCCAUGUCCGAGUUACGAAAAUUCUCACUUUGUAAACUACACUAAGGGCAAAACUUUUGUUGUGAAAAUGAGUUUUAUUUGCAUGAGAACAAACAAUUGUUUCAAUACAUCAAUAGUCUUGCACUUAGCCUCGCUUUGAACCAGAAGCUAAGGAAAUGGCCGUAUUUGAUUGAUCGGAGUUUUGAUUUAACUAAAGGGUCAGUUAUUCCCAGGAUCACAACGACCAUUCUCAACCCUUCUGUCGUAGAAAUGCAACUUUCUACACAGGGUCCAGAGGAGUUUCGUGUGAAUAAAUGAAUUACUUAUUUAAAGUCUCACCUUGAAAACUGUCUAUACCUGUCGCUUAGCACGAUUAAUUAGCCCAAUGGGAUGUUUAUAAAUCUACUGUAAACGAUUUCUUCGCUUCUUAUCUGAACCAGAUCGACUUUUGAAAAUCAAUAACCGCAAGCCAUAUCCUAGUCUGCUACACAGCCGUUUAUACAGUCGUCACGCAAUCCUCGCUGGCGCACGGCACGUCGCCCGAAGGGUGACCGAAGAACCUUUACUUUAGAACCUUCCAGGGCAUAAUCUACCCAGCAGAGGAAAAAAACUUUAUUGGAACGAGCAGCAUUUUGGCACGUCGCCUGAAGGGUGACCGAAGAACUUGUAGAACCUUCCAGAGCAUAAUCUACCCAGCAGAGGAAAAAAACUUUAUGGAACGAGCAGCAUUUUGGCAUGAGGUAAAAGUCGUGUAGGCUUCCCUUUUAUUGCUCCGAUCUUGAGCACAUUUACUUUACUACGUCAUUUCCGUCACCAUCUGUUGCGGUGCACAGCGAACGAAAGCGCUAUCUCGAAGCCGUAAAUUUCGGUCGCCGAAAAUGAAUUUGAACGCUUUUUUAUGCCGUUUUCCUACAGUAUUUGGCAAAUACAUAAGAAUUCUAGAUCAGGUUAGUAAAAUCAGGCGAUUUCAUUCAAUUCCAUUUGAGUUUCAGGGAUUCGAAAAUCGGCCCCAAAUUUGUUUCCUCCCUUUCCGUAUUUUAUACUGAAAGCCGAUCUUGCGAGCCCUCAGUCUCUUGGUUUGCGGUCUAUAGAAUGUGUAACGAAACUGCAACGCGAUCAAAAUAACCCAUUUUUUCAGAGGUUUUUGACGGGUUUUGAUGUUCUAACGACAAACACAUCUCCUCUGGACCCUGUGCUUUCUAUGCCACCCAUUGGAGAAUUGGGUACUUUAAGUACAUGUCGCGAAAGACAAUAGCUUUCUGAACGAUGUAUAUUCUAGCAGAAGAGUAUCAUAUCUUCUUCCAAGAGAAGAACAAAGAACCCUCAAAAAGACGUGUUUGAUCGCCGGCUGCGUGCGGCUUACAUUUGCUGAUAGUUAAGUAAACCAAACUGUUCUUUUUCGAUUAAACUGACUUGACCGCAGCGCUAAUGUAUUACCUCUUAAAUCACGUAUAUGAAGAGUCGGUGUAUGUUUUAGUCUUCGUAGCAGGCGCUAGGAAAUAAAUGGGCCCAAGAAAGAACGGGUGGGCGCGAGGGGGACACGCUAGGGGACACGCGUGUCUCCUCGCGUGUGCGUUUUUUCUUGCGCCCAUUUAUUUUCUAGUGCCUGCUACGCAGGCUAUGUAUGUUUGGUGUCGACACGCAUCCGGGAUAGUGUGAACAGCAACGGCGUAAAACUGGAACAAGUUGUUCACACACAUCGAACUUCAUGCCGGGGCAGUCGGGCGAGAGGCUGGUGAACAAAAUCCCAGUCCUCAAUCCUGAAUAAUUUAUUUACUUCCGUCUCAGGAGAUCCCAGUCCUUGCUCCCUUUUCUUCACUUCCUCUACGGUCCGAAUCAGGGCCCGCGGAGCGUAUUUUCAAGUGGGGGGGGGGGGGGGGGGUCUAGUGCGAACGCGUUAGCGUGAGCCAACUAGGGGGGUCCGGGGGCAUGCUCCCCCGGGAAAAUUUGACAUUGAAGUCUUCUGAAAUGGCUAGAAAUGGUUCUAAAACUGCCAAAAUUGAAGUUAAUUUUUAAUUCUUAUAAAACAACGAGUAACAAACUGGCCUUCACGUUUGACCAAAUUUAAAUGAAUAGACUAACUUCUAAGCUAAACCCAACAGACGCAACGGAUGAGUGUCACCUGGACAUUUUUAAGUCGGAUUCUUUGAAGGUGCCAAAGUUGCUUUUUCGAUUUUCAUUGAGAGCUGCAAACUCAUUGGCAACAUCUAUAAGACAAAGUUUGUCUGUUCUCUGCUUGUGGGUAUUAAGUAUUGUCAGAUUGCUAAAUCUUGUUUGUGUCAUCGUCGAGCGUAGCCACGUUUUCAGUCUCCGAGCAGAAGAAAAGGAUCUCUCGCCUGCUGCGCUGGUUGCUGGAUUUACAAGAAGAAGUUUACAUAGGGUUAUGAUUUCAGUUAUCAUACACUUUUCGGCUUCAGAAAUUAAAGCUGCUUGAUCUUGGCUAAAAUGUCAUCAAAACAGGUAAAUUCUCCGUCCUUCAUCAACACCUUAAAUAUUUCCAGUUGAACAUUCAAUGUUCUAACAUCAACAGCCAAAAAAGUGGCGGGGGGGAGGGGGGGCUAAAGCUCUCCAAGCCCCACCCCCUGCGCGGUCCCUGCGAAUACCUGUUCACAGUACACCAAAGCAUGGCACCGAACCUAGCCAAUAUGUGACGCUCCUCUUUCAAGAUCGGCGAAGCGCAGCUUCGCUAAUCCGUUACAGAAAUCGCGCCGAAAUCACUGUUCUUAUGUGUGAACUGAUCUAUCUGAAAUGGUUUUCGCGCCGGCGUAAAUGAUGCUGUCCGGUCUAGUGUGAACAUAAAGCCUUAAAUUCUUUUUAUUCUUUUCUUUUAUUUUUAUUUUAGGUUGCAUUUCUUCUCGUUCUGGGCAUGUCCCAGGCGUGGGGUUAUUCCUCAGGCCCACCACUUAGUAAAUGCGAGACAGUAAUUCCUAUCCACGGGAAGAACAAACCGCAGUCGGAGGCAUCUCCUUACAGCAUUUCUGUGUCCAACAGUUCUUACACCACAGGAGAGAGCCUUACAGUGACUAUACAAGGAUCAGGAUCUAAGAAAUUUAAAGGAUUCAUUUUACAAGCCCGUGGCAGUGAUAGCUCCGUCGCGUGGCCCGUAGGAGAGUUCACUGAAAUUCCCGCUGACGGUGCGUGAUGUUGAGUAGAUGUUAUUACUGCUAUUUCGAGAAAGGUUGUCGGGAAAAGUGUACGCGACAAUCCUGAAAGGCAUUAUGGAUGGUUUUGAGUUCUCUUUUUUUUUUUCAAAGAAAUUUGAAAGAAUUGGCACGAAAGGCCAAGGAAAUGUGUUUGCGAGUGCUAAAGGAAAGCAACAAAAGUAGGUUCGACAGCUACAGUCGUCAGGAACGGUGUAUUGAUCAUAUCCCAUAUUACCUUUCGGGAUUGUCGGGUGCGCAUUUUUUUCGGACAACCUUUCUCGAAAUAGCUGUAUACUGCACCUCACAUGCAAAGUCCUAAUUAAGUUUUAGCCUUUUUACUGCAGUGCUGUAGAAAAAAUCGCCUGAGUUCUGUUAACACUUUACGCCCCUAUAUGGUACUGAAACACGGACCCUUACUGUAAACACACCAUGGAGUUGUUGAAUCACGCGGCCGGACCGCUUUUUCGUCACUAAUUUUUACCUCCUAAGAUCACAGCUUUGGCUAAAGCCGUCAGCUGCAAAGAUCACGUUUAUUAUUUACGUGUAUUUUUUCACGUGCAAUUCACACAUUCACAUCCAUUCCUAACUUUGAGCUAAUGUGCUAGAAACCAUACGAGAGCUUUUCCGUAGGCUACUCUAACAAAAACCUCCGUUUUCUCGCGCCAUCCACACUAUUUAGAAUGCUUGAAUGGACUUAGCUUUAUUCUUUCAUUUUUCAGGAGCUCAAGUGUUAUUUUGUGCAGGAGGAGACUUAAAGGUGAUUUCACUAAUCUUCAUUUAAUUAUCCAUUGCAUGAGGGAAUUAGCCGCUUUCGCGCAGGGACUUCAAGACGUAAGAAACGUAAAUUCUCUUCACUUUCAAUGCCCACCGUCCAAAUGAAAGGACAUGAAAAUCUUGUAGUGUCAACAACGUUUCACAAAUAGUACUGACUAUAGUAACUAAGGUUUCGUUCACUUGAAUUCAGUCAUGUUUUUGUUGGGUCCGAAGAGGUACAGAGACGACAGCAUCAACACAACAUACUUUAAUACGAUAGAUUCCUACAGCUCUCACGAAUGACAGCGCUACCGCCGGUCAGCGGUCAGUUAGUACUUCAUGUUACUACAUCUUCCUUUUUUUUUUUUAAGUUAACCAAAUGUCAAUAAGGACAACGCUGUUCUCCAGUGUCCUAAAGUGAAACUAAUCUUAGCAUUGUUCGAUAAGUCUGUCCGGUCUUCUUAGAGCUCCUCUAGGUCUAAGGCGUGUCAGCAUCGGUUCAGGCUGCAAGGGCUUGUCCACUGCUGGUUGGUCCCCAGGGACAGGUAGUUCUACAUAGUCUUCUUGGCUGGCUCCAGGAGCUGAGGAUACGUCCGGGUUCCUCUCUCUUGUUGGUAUCGGCUCAUGAUUCUCAUAGUCUUCAUUCUGGGGUGGGACCGGAGAACUUCCCACCAGAACUCUUCUUGUCAUCCGGCGGUUUCUUCUCACUUGUCCGUUUUGGGUCUGUAUGAUUACAGAUCUUGGACUCUCGUGUGGCUUAAUCACUGUUCCUUCCUCUUUUAAAUCGGGGAUCCAAAUGCGGUCACCGGGUGACAGUUCCUUUCCCUCUACUACUUUGUGUCUAUGGUCAUAAUCGAAUUUCAUCUUAGCUCGGUACUCCUUCUCUUUCCUUCUGAUGUGAUCACGGUCUGGGGUCUCUGGCUUUAGCUCCUCCGGGUGACAGGGGACUUUUGUACGAAGUUUCCGACCCAUGCUCAAUUGUGCUGGAGAGUAACCGUGGUGCAAUGGAGUAUCUCUGUAAUUCAGGAGAGCCAAGUAUUCGUCAUUACUCUUAUUCAAGACCGCCUUCAUAGUUUGGACCGCCCUUUCCACUUCACCGUUGGACUGGGGGUAUCUUGGAGACGAUGUUAUGUGUUGAAACUGCCAGUCUGUGGAAAAGUUAGUGAACUCGUGUGAAUCAAACUGGGGGCCAUUGUCGCUAAAUAAGAUGUCUGGAAUCCCAUGUCGACUGAAGAUCCUCUUAAGUUGCAGGAUAGUCUGGGCAGAGUUUACAUUCUUGGACACUUGACUUAUCUCUACAUCUCUUGAAAAGUAAUCUACGGCUAGGAGGUAAUGUUUAUCCUUGUGCUGAAAGAAGUCUACGCCAACUCUGCUCCACGGUCGUUCUGGAAACUCAGUACCUUUCAUUGGCUCAAUGCGUUCUCUGCGAUAUUUCUCGCACAUGGCGCAGUUCUGCACGACUCUUGUGAUAUCUUGGGAGAUUCCAGGCCACCACACUGAGGAGGCCGCAUUUGCACGUGUUUUGGUAAUUCCUUGAUGACCAUCAUGAAGACGCCUUAAUACAUCUGCCCUCAGCCUCGGAGGAAUAAUGAUUCGCCGUCCUCUCAGGAGCAGGCCGUCGUGGAGGGAGAUGUUGCCACGUUCACUCCAGUAUUUAGCUAUUGGCCCGUGGACUCUUCGUUUCUCUUCAGGCCAUCCAUUCUGCACAUACUGCAUCACAGUUUUAAGUGUGUCAUCACUCUUCAACUCAGAACGUAUCUCAUCUAACCGCUGGUCGGAGGCAGGUAGGGUUACCAAUACAGCAUUCACAUAGCACUCGACUUCGUCAUGUAGGUCGUUCCAUGACUUAGGCUCCUGGGCUUUACCCUCCUGGGGGGAUCGAGACAAUGAAUCAGCUGUGUACAAGAGUUUACCAGGAACAUGUGCGAUGGCAAAGUCAAAUCUCAUGAGUCUCAUCCUGAAGCGUUGUAUGCGUACUGGUAGCUCGUCAAUCAGCUUUGUGGAAAACAAUGGAAUCAAUGGCUUGUGAUCGGUUUCCACUUUAAAUCUCAUUCCGAUCAAGAAUUCAGCCCAGUGUUCAAGUGCCCAUGUGAUAGCCAAGGCCUCUUUUUCGAUCUGGGCAUAACGACGCUCUGUCUCGGUCAUUGAUCUGCUAGCAUAGGCCAUUUCACCGGACGGCCGCUUCUGCACGAGGACCGCACCAAGUCCAAAACUGCUGGCAUCAGAUGAGACCACGGUCUCCUUCUCUGGAUCGUACAGUGCAAGAACUUGGUCGGAUGCCAUGUCUACUUUCAGCUGUCGGAGGGCUUCUUGUUGGGCUGUGCCCCACACCCACGCGCUCUCCUUCUUGAGCAAGUCUCUUAAGGGUUUCGUCUUCUCAGCCAGAUUUGGGCAAAACUUCAUAAGGUGGUUGACCAAACGCAGGAAACGUCUCAGGUCUGCAAUGUUCUGGGGUUCUGCCAUGUCGGUGAUGGCUUUAAUCUUGGAGGGGUCUUUCCUGAUUCCAUCACUGUCAAUGAUUUGGCCCAAGUAUUGCAACCUGGAUUGAGAAAAUAAACACUUCUCAAGGUUGAGUGUUAGUUUCCUCUCGACUAGCCUGUCAAGGACUUGCUUAAGUCGUUUGUCAUGUUCCACUUGGUCUUUCCCGAUGAUUAGAAUAUCAUCCAUGCGGCACUUGACCCCUUCUAUUCCAGAGAGUUCUUUGUCCAUCCUCUUUUGGAAAUGUUCUGGGGCUGAGGAUAUGCCGAAGGGAGGACGCUUGAACAUGUAACGGCCGAAGGGCGUGAUAAAGGUAGUUAGCUUGGCACUUUCUGGGUUUAGGACUAUCUGAUGAAACCCUGAGUUGGCAUCAAGUUUCGAGAAUACUGAGCCUUCUGUUAGGCUUCCCAGGGUCUCUUCAACUGUUGGCAUUUGAUAGACUUCUCGGCGGACCGCUUGGUUAAGCCUGGUAAGAUCAACACAUAUCCGCACCCUGCCAUCGGCCUUUGGCACUACCACAAUCGGUGAACACCAUUCUGUCGGCUCAUCCACUGGUUCAAUAACGUCCAGUUGUUCCAUACGCUUGAUCUCCUCUUGCACUUGCUUCAUUAGUGGUAGUGAUACUCGCCUGGGAGUGGUCAAACAAAAGGGUGUGGCCCCUUCCUUCAAUUGAAUUGUAUGCUCACCCUCCAAUUUGCCAAGGCCUUGAAAAAGUGAUGGGUACUGCUUGACAAUGUCCUCCUUGGUCCCUGAUUGGAGUGGAUGGCUAUCAGGCAUUUGAUGGACAGCUUUAACACUGUAUGUCCCAGGGAUUUCAUGGAUAAGACCAAGACUUCGGAUGGCGGGUAUCCCCAGAAGCAACUUGGAUGCCCCACUGACUACGUACACUCGUUCUUUAAUGACUGUUUCGUCUUGUUGGAGGUUCAUGACUGCACAUCCAAGGGUCUUUAAAGGAACAUCCCCUGCUCCGACAAGUUCUCUGUCAGAUUUUGAAAGUGUUCCAUAUGAAGACUUGUAAAUGUGCUCAGGCAUCACAGACACUUGUGCUCCUGUGUCGAUGCACCAUGCCAGCGUCUCUUGGUCUUGAAUCUUGAGGUUGACAUGCCAUCAAGGGUCGUACCCACUGGUUUGAGAGUUUACUGCUGGUUCGGCCUUGGAGGUGUUUGGACUAGUGGGUGUGUAAACCCCUCCCACAAAUGUGAGGCUAAAGUUAUCCUCGGUUUCAAGAACUUCGUUGACCGUCUUUGGAGGUACACUCUUGCAUAUGAUAGGGAAAUGUCCCAUUUUGUUGCACUUGCUGCAUCGUGUAUCUGCCGCUGGGCAGUUCCUCUUUCCAGGGGGGUGUCGGCGGUUGCAAUACCCACAGUUCCGGCCACUUGUUUGGAAGGGCUUCCUCUUGAAGUCUCGCUGGUUCCUUUGCUCUGUAUCUUGACCAGCAUGAGGGUCUUGCCUGUUCCCUCGCGGUGUGACGCUCUCAAUCUCCGCGGUUUUUGAUUCGUGUAACUCACGUUUUGUUGCUUCCUUCAAAGACAGGAUUUUCACUGCCUUUUCGAGUGAAAGGGCUGCUCCCUCGUCAUAGAGUUUUAGCUUGUAAUUGUCUUCCUUGCAGGAAAAGGUAAGUUUGUCUCCAACUGCUUGCUCAUAGAAAUCGGUUGGGAACUUGCACUCGGCGGCUCUUUCCUUGACAGUCACCACCCACGAAUCAAAGGUCUGUGUGGGCUCUCGUUUAAGGUGAAGCCAAAAUUUCUCUCGCAGCAUGAGUUGAGGGUCCCGUUUUUGAAAGUAUUCAUCAAACUUUGCCACACGGUCGCGUAGUUGUCGGAGUCUUCGGCUGGAAGUUUCUCUUCUCCUCCCGCGGGGUCGUCACGCUCAGGUAGGUAGGUGAAAUUCGAGUAAAUUUCCAAACACGGCUCGCCGAUGUGGUUUAAUAGCAGCCCCACUUUCAUUUCAUCGGGUUUCUUUGAAGCUCCAAUUGCCUUGAGGUAAAUUUCGAAUUUUUGUUUCCAUUUUCCCCACGAGUGAGCAGGAUUUCCCAUCGAAAUUUCCAGCGGUUCCGGUGGUUUGGCGAAUGGCAUGCUUUCCGCCAUCUUGUUUUGAACCACGUGCGUAGGAUCCGCGUGAAGUUUGACCGGUCAAUUCGUCUCAGUAUUUGAUCCGUUUCUCCGAUUGGUUUGAUCUCCGCAACUGUAGGCUAGUAGGAAGGUCACGCUUCUGGCACCAUGUUGGGUCCGAAGAGGUACAGAGACGACAGCAUCAACACAACAUACUUUAAUACGAUAGAUUCCUACAGCUCUCACGAAUGACAGCGCUACCGCCGGUCAGUGGUCAGUUAGUACUUCAUGUUACUACAGUUUUCAGUGUUAUCCGGUUUCUUGCUCAUGGGGCUUUAAACCAAUCUUGAGAGUGGUUUAAAAAGAUACGGUUUUGGUGCCGCGCAGAUUUACUGGUUUCGUGUGGACGGAAGGUAGAUUCGUAUAAAAAUAAAUAUGUGGUUUUAAAAUGUCCGGAAUCUUUUGGACGGGGCCUAAGUGUUUUUAACGUCGAAUUCUUGGUUUGCCACCACCUGACAAGGCGACCAUGUUGGAGGUCAAAACAAAAGAGUUUUUCUUCGAAGAAUUUACAUGAAAAUGGAGUUUAUUUCCCAGAGGAGAGAAAUGCUUUUGCUGUUGACCACCAACGUGGCCGCCGUGACGUCACGUACAAACCAGCAAUAGGCAUGCGCAAUAGGCAGAUGCAUGGUCGUGGUAGAGUUCAAGUGUGCGUAGAAAAAACGCCCGUGCAGCACGUAAGCCUCUGAAAGGGUAAAAUCUGUGUGAGCGUAUCGUUUCACAGUUUGCUUGUAAGGCCUAUACGUGCGUCUUUUUAUAGACCUCACUCCUCCAGUUGUCAUGAAUGUUUUGAGAAUAAGGUGUAUGUUAAGUGCUUUGAGUAUCACUAUAUAUUUUAAAGCUGUAGGUUUUGUUCUCUCUUUCAGAGUACUGCUGCUCAUAAGAAUCCUGACAAAAAAGAAUGGUCUUCGCUUCAGUUCACUUGGACGGCCCCUGCCCAAAGUGCCGGGAACAUUACUUUCAUGUAAGAACGAGUUUAAAGUGCAGUUAGGGAGGUUUAGCAACGACGACGGCGACAACAAAAUAGAAACGCCAAAAGAGCAAUGGGUUUGUUAAGCAAAAAAACAACUUCGCACGUGCAGCACGCUUUUUUGUACAUUUGCACGACUAUGACGUGAAAAUGCCUGAUUUCACGCUUUAUGGAGGACGUUAACAAGUGACGACGAAUUUUUCUUUCUCCUUCCAAAUUUGAUUGCGGUCCGCAAGAAAUCAACUCUAGGGAAACUUGCCUACAUUUGACAUUUUCAGCGGAUUGGAAUAAACGCGACAAUGUUUGAAAAAACGCGAAUGCCUUUUCAAAGGGACGUUUACGCUGCCGUCGACAUCGUAGCUCCCUAUUAGGGACCUUAAGAUCCGACGACGGCGACGGCAACGAGGACGUCAAAAAGAGCAAUGGGUUUAAUAUCCAAAACAACAAUUUUUCACGCUUUUUUCUACAUUAAUUUCUUUGCCAUCACUGCACGACUACGACGUGAAAAUGCCAAAUUUCACGUUUCACAAAGUAAGUACACAAGCGACGACGAAAUUUCUUCACUUGGCUGAUUUUGGACAUGGUUCUUAGGGAUUCAACUAUAGGAGGGUUCACCUACAUUUGGAAAAGUUAGUGACUUGGAGUAAUCGCGUUGAAGGUUGAAAGAACGCGAAUUCACUUUUUCAGCGACGUUUUCGCUGCCGUCACUGUCCUCGGAUCUUAAUCUCCUUCGAUGACAUCACAACAAAGCUCGGACCCAUUCUUCGCAGUGCUCAGUAAUGGCCGAAAGAACCACCAAAAUUUUAGCCUGAAUUUGAAACUUUAAGAAAUUAUAACAAAUAAAGUAACGCCCACUACAGCAAACAAACACGCAUUCGUGACGCUGUUUGCUUUUGAUUGCAGCGCGGUUUUUCAAACCUGCUUUGAAGCAUUUUAAUGGCAGUAUCACUCAUCUUAGUCAUUUCGUUUUAAUUACAGCGCGACAAUCGUUGAAAAUUUCACCACUUUCUGGAGAAAAAUUGAAUCACCUGUGGUUACAGGGCCUCCAGCUGAAAAUGUAACACGAGGGGUAGCGUCGCAAAGCUUUCAGGUAAGUGUAAAUGAACAAGAAGAGCAUGCAGUGCUAGAUUAAUAAAACCUCGUUCCGAUGGAUCCAUCAAUAAAGAAUUUCAUUUUGAUUUAUAUUUUAAUUUGUUAAUUGUAGGAACGUUAACACGCCUGUGUUAAGCAGACGCCGGGUUUUUUAGGGUGAAAGGUGAAAUAUCGAUGACGCGCGUAUGCAAGAUUGGAGAAAAAGCUUGCUUCCACUCACAUGUUCCUCUCGCGCUCUGUAAACAACUUACCAAAAAAAACUAACCAGCGCCUGCCACGGAGGCUAGGGCUUCCGUUUCCUGUAACCCCUCAUUGUGUCGAACUGCAGUAUGAGGUGGUUUUGGGGGCGCUGUCGCUCAUUUUACCGGCUAUUUGCUUAGAAACUGGGUCAAAAUGUGCCUCCCAAAACGGUCCAACAGUGCAGUUCGAGAUAGCACCUACCUUGUCUCAAGUGUAAGGUCAAAAUGGCAAGUAACGCGGAAAACAGGCCGCGAAGGACAUCGCGGGAAGGCGUUACAUCAUUUACAGGGGCAUGAAGUACACCCUUCCCACGUCAAAACACCCGCAGAGAUCGAGGAAUACUAAUUUUUCAUUGUCACUUAAUUAUUGGUAGAUUGACAAAACCGGAUGUGGUAAGACCAAGGGAUGCUUCUCUCUUCCAUCAGACUGCACCGGAAGUGCCGAUUGUAACUAUUUAUUUACAUAUCAAGUUUCUGAAGGAAAUGUUGUUAUGGAGAUGAGUGCUAAACAACGCUAUGUUUCAGUUGCAUUUAAUGAGCAACAAUUGAUGGUAGGUGUGAUGCCAUUUCCGUAACCGGUUAACGUCUAGAAUUGAUAUGACUAAAUCUGACUGACUGGCUGAUGGAAUGACUGUCUGCUAGACUGAUUGACUGACCGACUGACUGUAUGACUGACUGAAUGACUAACUGACUGAUUGACUGACUGCUUAUGACUGUUUGACUGACUGACUGGCUGACUUACUGAUGGACUGACUGGCUGACUGAGUGGCUAAUUGAUUACUGGGACUGGUUGGUUGACUGACUGACUGACUGACUUAAUGCCCGACUGACUGGCUGAUUGGUUGACCGACUGACACACUGGCUAUGCUCAUCUAGAAUUCCAUUCCUGUAACUCGUAUAUUUAUUACUUCCCAAAACAAAUGUAUGGGUUAGUCUCAAUUAUAAAAUCUAAUGGUUGAAUUAAUAUGAAAAGUUCCCUUCUAGUUUAAUGAACGUUUGUUCUCGUUCUAGUAUUCUUAAGUAUUUUUCUGCUUGGAGAAUAUUUGCUACUUUCCUGUGUCAAAGGUUUUUGGUGUAAAAUACAGAUGAGUUAAAAAAAUGAAUCUAAAUAUUGUUUUUUUACUUGAUUAAGGACAAAAUGGAUGCCAUUAUGUGCGCUACAAUGGGAAGCAACCUAGUGGAAUUACGUCACUAUUAUUCACGUGACCACAACAUGGACAGGCAAAACCUGGUGAGAAAAAAGAUUAUCUAUAACUCGCCCGCUUUGUCAGGGGUAAAGCUGCUUAGCAGGCACAUGAAAAUAAUAAUAGGGACUUAAAAGAACGGGGCGCGCGUGUCUUCCUCGCGCGUCUGGAUCUUCUUGUGCCCAUAUUAUUGCUUUGAGUAUGACUUCUCUUUCUUAUUCCAACUCAUUGUAUCCCCUUCUCAGUCACUAGCGGUUUGUCCUUUGAAGUCUGUCGCAACAAUCCUACAACUUACUACUAGGGACCUUAAGAUACGAGGACGGAGACGGCUGAGAAAUUGUCGCUGAAAAAGUGAAUUCAUGUUCUUUCAAUCUUCAUCGCGAUUACUCCAAGUCACUGACUUUUUCAAAUGUAGGCGAACCAUCCUAAAGUUGAAUUCCUAAUAACCAUAUCCAAGUGCAGAAAGAGAGAGGAAAUUUCGUCGUCGUUGGUGUACUUCCUCUGCAUGUGCAACGUGAAAUUAGGCAUUUUCACGUCGUAGUCGUGCAGUGGCGGCAAAGAAAUCUACAAAAAAGCGUGAUGCACGUGCAAAAUUGUUGUUUUGCUAAUUAAACUUAUUGCUUUUGUGGCGUUCCCGUUGCCGUCGCCUUCGCCGUCGUUGGAUCUUAAUGUCCCUACUUAAAGAAAGUGGGGAAUCGUGACGCAAGUGAAGUGGAUUUUUUUAUGGUAGUGAUCUUAAGGUUGAGCUAACCUAAAGAAAAUUGUUUUCAGGCGGGAAACAGCGACAUUACUUUAAAUAAGAUUGUUAACGAGGAUGGUGGAAUAAAGUGCAGGUAAGUUGCAUCUCUUACAUUUCAGCGUAAAUUGUUUAAUUAAGAUAUUUUGUUAGUUUUAACAACCAGUUGAGGGGUCUACUUCACUAACUAUGGUUUGAAUGGGUUGUUAACGGUAGUUUGUUUUCAGUUGCUAGUGCUUUUACGUUAUAAAUGCUAUGUGAGGUAUGGUAUGGCGUACAAGGUUAUUUAAGAGGUAUCUGACAUUGUAGGGACGUUGUGCUGCUGCUGAAUGAAGGUACACGGCUGAUGUGUUGAGUAUGACUGCUAUGACAGUUGGAUAGAUUUGCAGUUGUUUUCAGAUUCUUACCGAUUAACACUGCCAUGCGUUUUUUUAAAACUAGUUUGUUUAGUACAGAAAAUGUGUGAGCGCUAAAGGUCUCGGCUGUUUUAAGGCUUUGUAUCCCAAUCCUUCGAACAAUUGCUUGUCUUGUAUCGGUAACAGUGAGGCAUUUAAUUAAUUUUCUCCAUACCAGGGUCACUCGAAACCUCACUUCAAAUGCAGAUUACUUUAAAGAUCUAACCAAGAAGUGGUACGUCCUUUUUGCCUAUGGAACAACAAGUAAGUGUUGCUAACAUGCAGAUGUCGUGUCGGCUUUGUAGGAAAAAUGUUCCAUCUAAAGUAGAGCUGUCCAGUUCUAUUGCCGAUUUUUGUGGCUAGUGUGCGUAAUUUAUGCAUAAAUUAGUCAACAAUUUUGCACACCACCACCAUGGAAUAGCGGGGCAAGGCGUUAUGAGUGCCUCAAAUACGUGUAUACGUUAAUAUGGACAAUUUUAUGUUUAAGCCUCGUUUCCAUGCUGGAAUAUACACAUGAUAUUUUCGAACCCAUAUAAAUCCCGUCUGAACAAGUUACAAAGUUGCCACCAAAACUUUUCAUGUUAUUUAGGGUCCCCUUAACACAUUUAGACUAGCGGCUUGUUUUCUUCAAGAAAUUCCCACGGCAUUACACAUGCUCCCGGACUAUAAAGUCAAACCCUUUUAAUACUGAGGGGGAAAUAGAAACUGUCCGUAUGAACGAGGUGUCCGGUGUGAAAAUGUAAGGGCUUUCUUUCCCCAGGGAUAAAGCAAACUGUCCGAAAAAAUGAGGUGUCCGUAUUAAGCAGGUUGAAUUUAGAGAAAAUGUAAGGGCUUUCUUUCCCCAGGGAUAAAGCAAACUGUCUGUAAUAAUGAGGUGUCCGUAUUAAGCGGGUUGAAUUUAGAGAAAAUGUAAGGGCUUUCUUUCCCCAGGGAUAAAGCAAACUGUCCGUAAUAAUGAGGUGUCCGUAUUAAGCGGGUUGAAUUUACAGAAAAUGUAAGGGCUUUCUUUCCCCAGGGAUAAAGCAAAUUGUCUGUAAUAAUGAGGUGUCCGUGUUCAGAAAGCGGAUGUCCAUAAUGCAGGGUUUGACUGUGUAAGUUAUGACUCUGUGGAUAUGACUUUUCCUUUCAAGCACAGAUCCACACAGGUUUCCACUGUUUUACGGAAAUCAUUCAGAUUUGUCAUAAUUAAUAUAUUUUUAAUAAUAGCAACAAUAAAAACUUUCCAAGUUGAAAUCUAGAAAAUGGUUUAGACAGUCAGUAAAUAUCCUGUCUGAAUGGCUCAGAAACCCUGGAACGGGACUUUGGGGACUUGAAAUCCAAAACUUUUCCCUCGGGAGCAUGCUCCCGGGCCCCCCGCCCUAGAAACUUGCGCUUUCGGUGCUCGUUUAGGAAAUCGGCCAGUAUUUAAUGUAGAUUCGCGCCUGCGCUUCAGGUUUGGGUGUUGCAACACAUUACAGGAAGUAAUUUGUUUUGUUUUGUGGUGUUUUUUUUUAGCGCCCUCUGGAAGUGGGCAGUAUCAUCAGAAAAAUCGAACGUUCUGGGGGGAGAAGAUCGAUCUUUCGGUCCCUGCAACGUUAGUAGAUGAAAAGACUCAAGUCAAGGAUACGGUGAGAUAUGAAUAUUCUAUUUAACUUCAAGUGAAACUUCUCAUUAAGUCGUCAUUUAGUCCAUCCACAAUCGCUAGAAGUGGAGUAGUCUCUCAUGAUUUUCCCCAGGACGGUAAAGCGAAAGAAUGUAACAGCGCGUGUGACAUCAUCAUUUAUUAACCUUUGUGUUAAAACCACUUUUAAAGGAUACAGCAUGCGCAAGUUGUUAGGCGAGCAGACCUCAAGAAAGCACCAGUCUUAUAGGAGUUCGCCACUCGCGAGCAAUGAGACACGUUUAUUUCGCUCUCUCUCCAUCUCUCAUAAAAAAAAAUGAGAGACUAUUCAUAGUCGUCUAACAAAUAGUUUAUUCCAAUGUUUUGGGAAUCCAUCUAUCUACCUGAUCUCCUCAUCCGUCCAUCCACCCAUGGCCAUCUAUCCGCUCAUCCAUUCAUCUAUCCAUCCAUCCGUCCUUUCAACCACCUAUCUAGUACCCUGCGAAGUAGACGCCAACUAUUUUUUGGUUAGUUUUUAUAGAGUGCGUGCGUCCUCGAAAUUUCUUCCUUCGCCCUCAUUCGUGCAUUUGUCCCUUCCGUUCUUUCUAGCCGGCAUCUUACGGGACAAAUCCUAUGAUGUGACCAUUUUAAGUAAUGAAACCGCUUUAGCAGACCUUGAACUUGGCAUUGUUAGGUUCUUUACUAUUUUGCAAAUGAUAAAUAAAUAAGUAACGAUUUGGAGGUUGCACAUCCACAUAGUGGUUCUUCGUCUACCUGAUUUCUGGUCGAAUUGGUAUUUGGUUUUUGAGAAGAGGGGAAAACCGUAGUACCCGGAGAAAAACCUCUCGAAGCAAAGGAGAGAAUCAACAUCAAACUCAACCCACAUAUUGCGUCAACGCUGGGAUUAAUGAUAUUUAACCUUUGAUGCAAACUUUGACUUUAGGGCAGCCUUGCAUCUGCGUAACAUCUUUUUGACACGAACUUUGAAGCGUUCAUUUUGGCGUACUUUUUUCACAGAUCACCAAGGACGGAUGCGGGGAAACUAAAAGCUGCUAUUCUGAGCCUGCGGACUGUAAGGGCAGCAGCGACUGUAGCUACUUUGUAACCAUCAAACCCGUGAAGGGAGGAGAUGGUCAAGGUGAAGUCACCGAGGUGGAAUUUGAAAUCAGUUCCAAGAAGCAGUGGGCCUCUAUUGGUUUUAACACAGAAAAAAAGAUGGUAAGAACGAUCCUUCGUUAAGAGAUACUAUUUUGGCGUUACUCAUACUACUGCGUAUCGUGGCAAAGCAAAGGUUUACGAAAGGGGAAGGUUGCAAAGAACCGUGCGAGACUUGCGCGCCUACCACGCGCGAGAAGCCACACUUUCUGCUCUUCGCGCCUUGCAGGCAGUGGGUCACCAGAGCUACAGCCCUGAGCCCAUUUGUUCGGAAGGUGAAUAUUGCGCGUUUUCAUUUCAAGGUCAUACGAAAAUCGCUCUAACCCAUUUCCGAGUUCCAAAAACUCUCACUUUCCAAACGAGGCUGAAAAACCUUUCUUGUAAAAGUAAGUCUAUUUGCAUGAGAAUGAAAAAUCAUUUACAUAUCAAUAGCUUCGCACUUAGCCACGCUUUGAAACAGAGGCAUGCGGCAACUUGCAAUUGGCCUACUCAGGUCAAUUCUGAUUAACACAAAUUACAUUUCAGGGUGGAACAGAUGCAUUGAUCUGUGAGAACAUCAACGGGCAAGUUUCUGUGGAACACUACGUGGCUGAUAAGGGUUAUGGAACGCCCACCAAGUCCAAUCCUGUGAGUUUAUCAUACUGAGGCACUUUAAGCCAUCGUUUUAAAGUCCACAAGUAGUUUGCAACCGAUCAGGCCCUUUCCUAAAAUACGGCGUAAAAAAUUAUGUCCAAUCACAGUAGAGGCCUAGAGUCCAAUUACUCAAUCAGAGCUCAAAGCAAGUGGAUUCCUCGAGUGUUUCUUGGUGUUACGGAAACUAUUUGUUGGCUUCACACUAGAGCUUCAAGUAUAAUGUAAGUGCACUUGGAACCUACCUUGAGUGUGAAGGGGUAAAAUGUACCCACUUCCAUUCAACUUUACUUGGUGACCAUGGAAACGUUUGUAGUUCAAAGCAGUCGGAGUUCGCCACCAAGUAUAGGCUACACCACCCUUGAGAACACACUUGAGCAAUAAGAAAUGGAAGACAUGUGCACGAUGCGCACGUGCAACGGGGAGAUUGACAGCUUUUACUUCUAGUAAAAUACUAUGUCAACAAGUGUGAAGCCAUGUUUUCUACAGAACGACUUAAGAUUCCAAGAGCACUUGAAUCAAGUGCUUACUUGAAGCUAACUUUGUUUUUAGUGUGAAGCCAACAAUUGUUGGCUAGCUAUUGCUUUGUGAUGUGGAUAUUAGGGCCAUUUAUACGAGGAAAAAUAAGACGCGUAUUAAAUAAGACGCGAACGUUCCGUAUAAACGGCACAUUUCGUCUAAAAUAAGACGCGACUUAGCUAAGACGCGUCUUAUUUUAGAACAGCCCAUAACACCUGUUCUUAGAUCGAGAAAAACUUCGUAUAAAUGACAUAAGACGCGAACGCAUAGUACGCAUGCGUUAAGUUUCGGCGCGCCAUGUUGGACUGCCGUUGCUAUGGGCAACAUUCACAUGAAAACGAGUCAAGAACAGAAAUAAGUCGCGAACCAUUUAUACGAGCUGUUCUCAUCUUAGAUAAGACAUGCUCGUAUAAAUGGUACAGUUCGCGUCUUAUUUAAGACGCGUCUUAUUUUUUCUCGUAUAAAUGGCCCUAUUGUUCAGUGUCUAUUCGAUAUUUUGGGAUCAAUUUAGGUUUCUGGGAAACUGCCCACCUACCCCUCCCCUAACUCAACGUGCAACAUGUGCGUCUCACUUGGGGCAAAAUAUUAGGUUAGGGGAGGGGUAGGUGGGCAGUUUCCCAGAAACCUAAAUUGGUGAUAAUUGCACCAAUCCUCACCACCAAGAAACUAAUGAUUUAUCCGUCAUAAGCCGGCCAUGCGCGGGAAAACCGAUACAAGCGUAUCACACUAAUUGGUUAGUCGUACCUCUAUUUUGUUUGUUUGUUUUUUGUCAAUCAAAGAGAUCUGAACAGACUUUUUACUAUAACUUAGAAUAUUUGUGGAGGAUUUUUAUGGUAGUAUUUAAGCUUACUAAUAUUGUUUUUUUGUUUGCUUGUUUAAUUCUUUUCCAGAAACCUUCCUCUUUAGAGCAAACAUCGCAAAAAUCAGAAAGUGGAAUAAUAAGCUGUCAGUAAGUUAAUUACGUUACUUUUAUUUAUGUUUCAGAGUUUCGACAGUUAUGACUUUUUAAAACGCUGAAUCUCCGGUACUGUUUUCUUGCAAUCGCGAUAUACCAUUCUGCGUUUUUUUUUUUUUGGAGUGUGUCUGUUUGUUUGUUUGCUUCUUGUGGAAAAAAGUUUAAAAUCUUUAUUUGUAAUUUUUUUCUCUCUAUUUUUUACUGUAGAUUUAAAAGAAAGAUGCAGGAUCCUGACAUGAUUGACCUAACGAAUCCAUUGUACCUGGUGUAUGUCAGCGGACCCACAAGUACGUCACACAAUAAUAUUUCCUAAUUUCCGAUGCAUGUUACUAAGUAAAGAAGACUACAACAGAAAGAGCAAUGCAUACGGAGCACUACAAAUAAAUACAUACACUUUAGGCAACUUUUAUGUUGGGGUACAUGCAAAGCGCCAGUGUUGACAAAUUAAUAUUGAAACGAAAGAAUAAAAAACGUCUUUCUUGAUAUCUGGCGGAUCAAAACUCUUGAAAGAGAUAAUGUAGUCGUAAUGGCGCAAUUUAACAAAAAAAGAAAAUUCAUGACACAUUGUUAUACAUUGUACUCACUAUCUGCCUUCUCAUUAACUAAGAGCCUACAGUUAAUUUUGGAAAUCAACGUAACCUACAGAUCUGUUAGAUAACUUCUAGCAGAUAACUAAGAUAUCUGUAGGUAGCACAACUAGCAAACAGGAACUAGCUGUCCAUCCUCUCUUAACCCUUAAAGUCGCAACAGUGACCAACAUCAAUUUUCUCCUAACAAGGGGUUACGAAAAUCAAGUUUUUUCGCGUAGUUUCGAAAAAUAUUCAACCCGGGAAAGCUUCAUCGUACUAUUUUUUACCUGAAAAAUUAGUGCAGUUAUUUUUAUUGGAGAAGGUUUAGCCCUUUCCCGGUCGCAAAAUGAUUAAACUUCAAAAACUGGAUAACUUGUUCCCGCCACUACGACAUUCUCGCUAAAACUCGUAGUAGAAUGACAACGUCUACCACAUUUUCCCGCCAAAAUGACGUUGAUUCACGCGCGAACACUACUUAGUAUUGAGAAAAUCUCGUUCUUGUAGUCGUCCUCGUCUUAGAUCUAAAGCUCUUUAGUAGGUUUUAUCUCUUCUUUUUUCUUUAAAGGUGGUAAUACGAUCGGUCAGCACCCUCCAUCGCCUAAAACAAGUCCACAGAAGGUCGAGGUUUCUAAAGUUGUGGUGCUUACCGGAGAAAAGAAAGACUCCACUUUGAUAAAGGCACAUGGUGAGCUGUUUUGAGUAUAUAUUAUGGAAUCAUUGUGAAUCUGUAAUUCGGAUAUAAGAGACGCUCUUUCUUACUUAACAGUGCGAAUCACUAUACCCCUGCUCAGGUACAUCUGUACAUCUCAGUUGUGUGGUGUUGGGUUGCUAAAAAUGUACUGUGAGUGAAUUUAGAGAUUGAAAAAUCUAGUUAAUCUUAGUAACUCUUCUCUGGGAUCUUAAGCUCUUUACAAGCACUGUAUAAGAAAAUAUCAUUAAUUUAUCGGAGGCGGACUCGCUAAUGAGAGUCAUACUUAUUUAUCUUAUGUCAGAACAUAUCUCCCAGCUAUGGUUAGAACCAAAAUUUCUUAGAUGCAUAGAUAACCACAUUUUCUUACCCAUGGCGCUGCGCUGCGCACGCUUCGCGCGCGAGAGAGCUCCACUAUAACUUUGUAUUGCUUGUCUUUUUAGGAUGUUUAAUGGUAAUCGCUUGGAUAGGGUUUGCCUCCAUUGGAAUCUUUAUGGCUCGCUUUACGAAGGUAGCAUUUGGUGACAAAGAACUGUUGGGCACUAAAGUCUGGUUUACGGUAAGAUAUGAUAAAGAUCAUUGGAUCUUUCUCGUUUUUUAUAAUAGCCAACAAAAAGUUUCUCCUUACAAUACCAAUACACAAUCAACAGAAGUUACGAAAAUUAAUGAAAUGAUCACCAAACGAAAACAACUUUGGUCUUUGAUUUCUUUGUUGAAAUCAGUCUGGAGAAAUUGUAAGUGGAUAUUUUGGGGCUUUCAAAAAAGGGUGAAGUGGCAAGCGCGUGCGCGGUUAAUUGCUUAUAUCGCAAGUUUUGCGACCACCGAUUGCUCCACCUCGAUCAAACUUGCUCUAAAGCGAUAAGACGGUUUAGUGCGGUUGUUAGAUACAUACAUGUUGCAAUCGCGAUCGCUCUAUUGGCGUGGUGCAUGCUGAAUUGCAGUUGCUUUUUCUCCAUAGCCAUCUUGAUUGUUGUAACUAUUUUUGUUUGCUAAUGCACGAUCUAAACCUCCGAAACAACGUCACAGUUUUUUUCUUUUCUCGUCGUUGGUGUUUUCGUUGGUCAUGCGUGUCGAGCCUAAGGGGCGUCUGUAUACGGUGGAACCUCCAUAUAACUAGCCUGCGUAGCAAGCGUUUCCAAUCGAGUUAUUGCGCGAAAGUUAGAGCGGAAGCAAAAAAAAAAAGUUGAAGGGGGAGGGGGAGGGGAGAAGAGGAAACCCCCCUCCCCCCCCCCCGUCAUUAAUUUUUUUUUUUGCUUUUGUCCCAGCUUUCUAGACGAACCUCGCGAGGAAACGCUUGCUACGCAGGCUACCAUAUAACGAAGUUCUCGGUAUAACAAAUUAUUUUCUUUACACCAGUAAAAGCAAAAUAUAUGAAAAGAAAAGUAGAUAUAACGAAACCUCGUUAUGGCGAACAAAUAUUGCUACUCCCGUGGCCCUUCUUUAUAUCGAGGUUCCACUCUAAUCUGCCGUUGUUAAAAUGACUAUUUAUUUUACUCUCUGCUAGUUUCACCGAAUCUUGAUGAUCUGCACAGUCUUGGUGACGAUUGUUGGUAUUAUCCUCAUUUUUGUUUACGCCGGACACUGGGUAAGAAUUAUAAUACUAAAGCUAAUGAUCCUGGAAAUUUUUCCCCAUUAUGGAAACGUGCUAAAUUAAAAAAUGCGGAAACCGUCACACAAGAGAGCGUCCAUCUCUUCGUUCAAUCAGGCGUGGAUGCACAGCGUGUAAGACUUUCAGGUUAUUUAUAGGUACCGCUCUUUCGCCGAAAAAAACAGCCCUAUCUUAGUUAAUCAGAGCAAAUAGAAUUUCCAGUUCUAAGUUUCAAUAUCAGUGGCCUUGAGGACAGUACAUGCAUUUUGCAAACAGUAUUCUUGAAGCAGUUUACAUAAAGAACAUAAAAGAAAACUGUUCAAUUUUCGUAUUCAUUAAUCUCCCAAUUUGCUGCUUCCGUUGGUCAACCGGAAAACGAAAACAACGUUCAGACGUUUAGACGAAGAAGGCCCAUAUUCUACUAUCGAUGUGUCAAAAAGAAAAGUUGGGUCUGAGGCGCUGAACUGAACUUCCUAGGAACCGUGGCAAAACUUCUUGCCUCUCGAUUAACAAAAAAAAGGUUUUGAAAAUUUUUUUUUUUUUACCGUCAGAUGUCUGGUGCUCACCCUAUCACUGGAAUUAUUGUGCUAGUCCUUUCUGUCAUUCAGCCAAUCGCGGCGGCAUUCCGACCCCACCCUGGAGAUGACAAGUAUGUAUUCUUCAUUACGUUCAAGGAAUUCAGAGACGUUGUAAGAGCCAUUGAUUUGUUGUUGCUCACUGAUUAUUCUCUUUCUUCUUUGCAGUCGAUACCUUUUUAACUGGGCGCACCGUGCUGGUGGAAUCUUCGCCCUUAUUUUGGCUGGUACGAUAUCCUCCCAUAGAUCUUUAACCCUAUCACCUCUAGGACAAGUUUUGUCACUCUUUAUCAAUCUAAGGUCCAAUAGUGACCAACAUAAAUUUUCUCCUGACAAUAUCGAUACACAAUCAAGAGAAAGGUUAUGAGAAUUAAUAAAAUGGAAAAUGCUUUGAUUUUUAAUCUAACUCUCAAUUUGUAUGUGCGAUACGUUUUCGUUAUGGAAUUUUUGUGCGCGUUCCUCAGACGGCAUUUCAGCAUUUCGCUGUAACCUGUUGUUGUUGUUGUUGUUGUUUUUACCUCUUUCAGUGGUCACCGUGUUUCUUGGUAUUCUCAUUUAUAAGGAUGAGUUAGGUUUGGAUGAUUCCCCUCUGUACGCCAUGAUUGUCUACUGCGUGGGCGUGGCAUUCGUGAUUGCCUUUGAUAUCUACCUUUCCUGUAAGAAGAGGGACCACAAGACGGCAAGUUUUACCAUGAUAGGAGAGAAAGAGGGUGAGUCCGGUUAAUAGCUGAGUAGCAAUCGGUUGGAGGGAGGGGGUACUCUUAUCUCUUAAUGCAUGAUUUUGUUUGGGACGUCACACAACGCUUCUUUCUAAAAUUAGAACGGUUGCGUGACGACCUAAUCUCAUCGAGGAGAUGCAAUUAAGGCCAAACGAUCUAAAAAUAACGAAAAAGUCUUGCCGGGUUGAUCAAAGCAGAACGCAGAAAAUUCAAAUCGUAAAAGGCCCAGCUGCCUAACCUCGUUCCCAGUUCCUCUCUCUCCCCCCUUUUUUUUUGAGCGAGAAGAAGAGAGGACCCCGGGAUCAAGGCUGUCACUUCCAUAGAGCGUGGCGUCUGACGUCACAGCUAACGUUCAGAGACUCAAUCUGUUUUCCCUCUUAACGUUAGGUUUGUCUUUGCGUUUUAUGACUUUAAACUAAAACUCUUUUCCAAAAAAAAUAGUCUCCUUCACGGCCGUUCUUUGUGUCGUGACGCUACGCUCCUCUCUACCGAGCAGACUACCAAGAAAAGGGUUCGUAUCGAAAUUUUCAAACUCCAGCAAGGUACCUCAAAGGCACGGAAAGCAGCAAUAUAUUAUUGUCUUUGGUUUUCUGUCAUACGCUGUUUUUUAAAAGUACAUAAUUUAUACUAACCACCUUCGCCCCUUACAUUAGUCUAUACUAAGUACAAUAUAUACUAGGUAUUUUUCAAAACCUACGUAACUUACACUCAUUUGUGUAUUUUAACCCUUAUCACUUAGCCAUGAAACUGGUAACAGUAGAUGCUAACAAACCUGGAGGUAAAAGUUCCUGACAAUAAGUGAUAACAAUGGCAUGAUGUAAUGUAAUUGCUAACUUGUGCUAAUCAUCUAAGCGUUUUCUUCUCUCCUUUUAUUAAUCAAACUCUCUGCUUUGAUGAUUAAUGUUAAUCCACAUCAUCUUGUUGAUAACAAAUAAUAGUAAAAUACUUAAUGUAGAGCUUUAGUCCUCUUGCUUGCGUUCAGGGAUUUUAUUUCGCCAAGUAAAGAAAUUUCGAAUAAGAAGCAAGUUUUUCCCAACUGCCAGCAAACCUGAGCUAGCACGCUUGGAAUAAUCUAGAGUGUCAAAUCCAUAAUUUACUAAAUGCUGGCCAGAGCUCUUUUUUGCCAAUAGACUUAUAAAACUUGACAUCAAACCACACUGCAGCGCAAGAAAUUCAAUUAUUGUAGCUGUUUAUGUGAUGAUUCCACCCAACUAAGUUUCUAAUUUCUCUGUUGUUUUUGUCUUGGGACACUUACAUUUUAAGCAUCUUGGCUGCGCGUAAUGAAUAUAAAAGAGGUUUGCAUACGCGCUGCGCUGCAGACACAAAUAAACGAAUAAGCAAAAGAUUCGCGCGUCGUAUUUCUGUAGGAAACAGGGUAGAUUAGGCUCUAGGGAAAAGCCUCUUGGUUUCUAAUCGGUUUUGGAGCAUUAAGGGAUGUGCCGUCGCUUGGCUCGUCUUUCCUCUGAAAGCACGCGAUGCCUGGAAACUAGGCAGCAAUAUAGAAAAGAUUUGAACAGAUUUUGCUCAUAGAUUUUUUUUGCUUUCGUUUAAAAGGUGGUCAUGUUCAGGUGGAGCAGUCGCCGGAAGAGGUUUGUACAAAGUCUUAUUGUUGUUCCUUGUUAAAGAACAGGACUGCGCCAUGAAGAACACCAUGUUAGCUCCACUGUCCAAUGGACAUCGUUUGUCGUGGUCUAGUCGAUCACUUGUUAUUGAUCACGACGUUUUGACAACUUACUGCGGGACUAUUAGUAGCACAGUGGUUGUUAAUGAAUAGAGUGAUUUAGCAACAGAACGGGAACGUCGGCUAACGACCGGAAGACUUGCCUGCGUGCAGACGUCUCCUAUUUCCUUUGUUGCACGCGGAAAGGGUCCCUUUUCCCCGUGCAACAAAGGAAAUAGGAGACGUCUGCACGCAGGCAUCCGGAAGACGCGCGGAAAGGGCUGAUCGCGACUUCCGGUGCCCAAUUUGCCGCUGUGCCUUUGGUCAAGCUUUUUUAUUUCCGAGCGCCUACGUCAUUGCCGUGGUGUAGUCUUUCCUUAACCAGCCAAUUAUUGCAUUUUGAAUCGCACGUGUGUUUGUUGGCACCAACCAUGAGUAAGGUUCGAAAUGCAGUAAUCAGUUACAAUCACUCUGAUGUUACACGGGACGAUUCGCAACGACGAUUUUUAGCGCAAGACAUCGUUGCAAUGUAGGAACAAUGUUGUAACUAUUCGAAACAAUGUCGCAACAAUGUUGCAACGCUGCGUUGCGCUAAAAGUCGUCGUUGCGAAUAGUCUCGUGUAACAUCACCUUCACAGUCCCGCACAGCAAAUCGACACCGUGACCAUCUGAAGUCCAACAGUAAGUACGCUAUUUUGAGCGUUUCCUGUCAGUUGUUUUUCGGGCAAGCUCUCACAAUGACAGGGGCGCAGUUGCACUAAUUUGUAUGUUAAUGAACAAAAAGACAAGGUUGCCUUAGCCUGUAGGGAAACUUGGUCGAUCAGUAACAGUUUUUGAUAACUUUUAAGUCGUUUGUUAGUGAAUCUCUAGUCCUUGGAAGCUCUUUCUCCAGCUUGACACGCGCGAGUAGUAUUAACCCUAUUUCAUUCUUCUCUGUUACUUUUUCAGCUCGCCGUAUCUCACCGCCGUCUCAUGCUGGGCUUUUUAGUUCUCCUUGUGACCGGCAUAGUGAUCGCACUUAUAGUGCUGAUAGCGGUUGCAGAAGCGGGAGAAGAAGGCGACCAUCAUUGAAACGAGACAAUUAACAGUUGUAUGGCGAUAAUGUAUGUUUUAUCCUCUGUUAACUGAUGUUAACAUAAUAACGGAACAUAGCUUUGUGCUCCUCCAUGGUGUUUCUUCGAGAUGAGAGUGUAAGAUUCGGAGAGUGUGCAAUAAAGAAAACUAGACGAACUACCUUCUCGAAUCCGGUAACACGCAAUAACCUUGUGAGACUUGCAUGGACAUAACACAAGAAAUAGAUACUUACCUAAAUUUCAAAACCCGAAAACUGAACGUGGUAAAUAACGCGUUACUAUAGAUACAUUAGUGACUGGAGAACUCUCCCCAAUCUUUUAACGAAACCCAUGCCUUGUAAAGUUUUUAAAUUGGACUUAAGGGCCAAAUAUUAUAGUUUGUAAAAUUUUCAUUUCAUCCUUUUAGUCGUUAGCCUUUGAAUUUUCAUGAUAGUUAAUCUUUUAGUCUGACUGUAUUUUUUUUAAGUCAUCUAGCCUUUUUAGCCUUUCAACUUUGUAACCACUAGCUUUUUAGAUCUGAUUGUUAUUAGUAGUUUUAGUAUUAUUUAAUCUUAGUCAGAGGACCUCCCUCAUAGCAACUUAAUGUAACGGGAACUUCCUUUUUAACGAUUGUUAUUAUUAUUACUAUUAUUAUUAUUAUUAACCUAUAUGAAUCGUGGAGUCCGCUGUAUUGUAACAAAUACUCAGGAGGGGAUGUUCAUUAUAUUGUUAUCCCAACACCCAACAGAGGCUGCGAAUACCGCCAUCUUAGUCGAAUUUUCGGAAAAAUAUCUGUUCGCCAUUUUCUGCCUCUCCUAGGGUUUUCGAACAUAUAAAAAAUGGUAUAAUCCCCUAAAAGUUCACCUAGAAUUUUCAGGAGCCUGUUUUCGCUCCCUCGGAUCACUAGAUGUCGAGGAAUCCGAGAUGAAAAAUUUUUAGGUGAUAAAAAUAUGCCUAUAUCUACCGUUUAAAUGCUAAAAUACAUUCAACAAUGCUAUGUUUAAGUGGUUUUGAACUAUGUUCUCGUUGGGUGCCCCUGGCUCCUCGCCACUAGAUGCGAGGAGAGACUGCUGUAUUCGAUCCUUUCGUAUUGUGUCUUUAACAAUAGGAAAAACUUGUUAUUGAUAACAAGGGGGCAAAAUAAUGGCUUAGGGGAGGGUUAGGUGGGCAGUUUCCCAGAACCCUAAAUUGAUCCGAUAAUAAAUUAAUCGCAUUACGUUGUAUUUCGUUAUUUCAGGUUUUUUCUGCAGGAGAAGAGAGUUACAUCACCACAUUCCAACAGAUGAUUAGUAAUCCGACUUAAUAGAAGUUAAGCAUGAACUCAGUUGAAGAGGGAAUUAUUGUUUUGCUGUUAAUUGUAUUUUUAGUUAUAUUGGAAACUUUUAUUAACUCAGUUGUAGAUAUUUUGUUUUUUGGCCAUCUUAGCUUAAGAACAAACAAAAAGCAAACUGCGGUGAUAAACGUAAGGAAAUAUAAACGUAUUUCUGGAAAGAAAAAAAGACUUUAACUUGAAGUUUCGCAUGUUCCAACGUAGAUCUUCAGAAGUACUAAACCGUUUAAUAACAACAGAAAUUUAAAUGUAGGAUAAGUAACUAAUCAAAGAAACAAAAAAAACAUAUAGUAGAAAAUUUGCAUGUAAAGGAAAAAGCAUCAAAUGAAAAAGGUAAAGUUUUUCAUUUUCAUUUAGGGAAGGUUGUAAAUCCCUAAUCAGCAGAGUCUCGUAAUAAUAUGAAAUGGAACCAUUUCGAAAUUUUGGCAAGAGGACGGCCGGACACCCAUUGCAAGAUAAAAGAGACUCUGCUGAUUAGGGAUUAGGGAAACGCGAAUUUUAAAGUCAUUUCUUUCCGGAAAUGCGUUGAUAUUUUCUUAUGUUUAUCACCGCAGUUUGCUUUUUGUUUCUUUUUAUUAACUCUUUGAUGUCUAAGUUCUUUACAAGCCAGGCGUGGUUGUCCUUGAACAGCCUGUGCUUUGUAUAUGUAAGCAAGACAUUAUCAAGUUGACUUUUCGGCUCACAUAUUGAAGCAUAUUUAUGUUCAUCUAUUUCAUUUUUUAUGUAACCGAUCCUUAGAUUAUCUCUGUGUAAACGAACACGAAUAAUAAUAGAAUUGUUAUUGCCAUUACUAUAACAGUAAUGUUUUGCUUAUCAAAAACCAAUUUCGUUAAAGAAGAUAAAAAAGCAUUAUGUAACUCUAUUUUGUUUAAGGAACAGUCUUUCAUUUCACUUAUGGUGGGAUAAGUGGUUCAGGAAGGGAGUGUUCUGGAUGAUCUCGGAAAUGAACUAGCUAUAGGUUAAGAAAGGCAUUAUAUUCCCCCCUACAAAAAAACUCAAACCUGCAAUUAUUUCCUCGUAGAAUGCUCGAAAAAUCUCUUAUUUUUUGCGAUCCUUUUUU